AUGCUAUUCUCUGAAAUUGGUGACACAUUCGUUGCGAUAUUCCGGCCUAUAAUUUAUCUGCCGGCACUGGCAGUGAAGCUUCCAAAUGACACCAAUUUUCCUAUAUUAACAAUGCUCAUUGGAGCGGAAAUCUAUUUUCUUUCAAUCAGCGGCAUGAUAUUCACCUACUUUUCUAGCGGCGUCUCAAAGCGACGUCUUCUUGACAACACCUGCGCAAUCUGCUGUGUCACAACGCCUGGGAUCUGCAUCUGGCUGGGGGUGAUGGGCUUUGAGAAGGUGCCCUUUUUAAUAUUAGUCGGCCAAAUAAGUCUCCUGAUUAUCGAAUGUCAUUCGCUAUGCAACGCAAUGGCCUUCAUUUUUUGCAACUGCGGCCUAUCG